AUGAGUGUGGAAGCUGAUAAAGCAUUGCCAAACGAAGCAGAAAUUGUGGAAGAUACAGACAAUGUAGUUUCCGUCAAUGAGCCAGCGGUAGAUUCGGCAUCGGAGCAACAAACAUCUCCAUCGGAGGUAGAUUCCAAAGCGGAAGACAGAAAAACAUCCCCCACCAAAAAUGGUGUCGGUCUACUCGGUUCCGCUCCCUCGAAACCGACUAAUUCAGUUGUUACUGAUUUGUGGGUAGAAACCAAAACGGCAGACGGAAAAUCAUAUUAUUAUCAUGCCGUAAGUCGGGAAACAACUUGGACCCGCCCGGAGGGUCCUAACGUGAACGUAAUGACUCAGGUGGAAGUGGAAGCACUCAAUAAGCAACAGCUACAACAACCAAAGUCGGCUGAGCAAAAGGUUGCUGAGGCUAUUGCAACUACCGCAUCUUCAGGUGCUCCGGUUAGUUCUUCUACUAUACCAGCUGUUAUUCCACUCCACACUGCAAUGACGCGUUUCACAGGGCCGCCUCCUUCGUUUGGUAUGGCUCCGUUCGGUAUGCCUCCACCCAAUUUUACCAACUUUCCACCGUGGAAUCCGCCUGCAGUCAACAGUGGAGGACAAAGUUGGCCGAUCGGCCAAACACUUCCUUACGAUGCAACCAAACAAGCCAUGAACGAGAUUAAGCUGACUGAAAUUGAUCCGUCGAUAGUUGCCAAGGCUACGGUUUGGAGCGAACACAAUGCGCCGGAUGGUCGAAUGUUUUAUUAUAAUGCGUCCAAGGGAGAAAGCGUGUGGGAAAAACCACAAGCGUUGCGCGAUUUGGAAAAAGCGAAAAUGGCGGUAUGGAGCGCAAAGCAGAAACCUAAAAUACCUCCCUCGGUUCCACCAUUCUUGGCUCCACCGAUUCCACCCCAGAUGCCGAUCAUGUCCUCGAUGCAAACGCCACCCUCUGCGGGACUGAAGAUACAACAGUUUCCUUCUCCUCUUGCUACAGCUGCAACUAUUGGCGCAAUGUCGACAUCAGGUGUGCGACUCCAGCAAAUGCCUGUGACUCCCGGUGGAGUCGUGUUCGAUCCUAUUACAUUCAUGGCCAAAAAUGAUAAGUCCGCUGCGGAAGAAGAGCGAAAGCGAAAGUUGGAACAAGAGAAAAAACGUAAGGAGGACGAGGAGAAGGCUAAAGUAAACAAGCCGCAAGACAAAAGUCGCCCAAUUUCUAGCACUCCAAUCAGCGGUACGCCUUGGUGUGUGGUUUGGACCGGAGACGGACGAGUUUUCUUCUACAAUCCUUCCACACGUACCUCCGUGUGGGAAAGGCCAGAAGAGCUGAAAGAGCGAGCCGAUGUGGACAAAGCAGUACUCGUCCCUCCCCAACAGUUGCUCGGUACCGUAGCUGCAAAGGAGAAUGAAGGCAUCAGUAGUAAAGCACUAGCAGUUGCUGGAACAACUAUUGCCACUAGUAACACAGCGGUUGAGAGUGAUGGUAUCAGCAAUACGAACAGUAGUAAUACCAAUGAACUAAGAACUGCCCCCUCGGACACGGAAUCUAGCGGAGAAGAGGAUGGUGAACAACCGAGCAAAAAACUGAAAUCGGACUUGGAAACCGUCAUGAAAUCGACAAAUUCCGUUAGCAAUAUCCGUUCUGGCAAUGAUCCGGAAAAGGAAGCUAUAGCGAUGGAGGCUGAGGCUAGGGCAGCUCGUGAGCGAACUCUCAUACCGCUGGAUGUACGUAUGAAAUCGUUCCGUGAAAUGCUACGUGAGCUGGAUGUAUCUGCAUUCAGCACUUGGGAAAAAGAGCUCCAUAAGAUCGUGUACGAUGCGCGCUAUCUGCUUCUAACAUCCAAAGAACGCAAGCAAGUGUUUGAGAAAUACGUUAAAGAUCGUGCGGAUGAAGAACGACGUGAAAAGCGCAAUAAAAUGCGCCAAAAACGGGAUGAUUUCCGAGCCCUCAUGGAAGCUGCUCAUUUGCAUGGAAAAUCUUCAUUUAGUGAAUUUGCUCAAAAGUAUGGCAAGGAUGAGCGAUUCAAAGUCAUCGAGAAAAUCCGUGAACGUGAAAGCUUGUUUAAUGAGUACAUUGUGGAAGUUAGGAAACGUGAAAAGGAAGAGAAACAGCAUCGUAAGGAACAGAUCAAAAAAGACUUUCUUGCUAUGCUGCGUGAAAGAAGUGAUAUUAAUCGCCACACACGAUUUAAUGACGUACGCAAAAAAAUAGAAAGUGAUAGUCGUUACAAAGCAAUCGUUGAGCACUCCCAGCGGGAAGAACUGUUUGAAGAGUUUAUCAAGGUGCUUAAGGAAGAGAAACGGAAAACAAAGGAGAAGGAAAAGGAAAAAGAGCUAAAGGAGCGCAACAAUCGCAGCGAGCAGCGUGGCUCGCGCAGAUCAAGGGAUCGUUCGCGUGAUCGAAGAAGUCGCUCCAAUGAGCGAGAGGCGACUCAAACGGCAAAAAGCACCUGCAACGAGGAAGGUCCAGCGAAUGAUAACAACAAUGACGAGGACGAAGGCGAAGAUUGCAACACGUCCGACGAGGAUGAAAUUGAGCGGCAGCAAAAAGAACGGGACCGCAAGGCGCGUGCUGAAGCCAGUAUUAAGGAGCGCGAGAAAGAGGUGCAGCGAACGCUUGCUACUCACUUGCGCGAUCGCGACAAGGAACGGCAGCACCAUCAGAGGGAUGAGGCAAUGCGCCAUUUCAAUGCACUGUUAGCAGAUCUAGUCCGCAACGCAGAUCUUACCUGGAAGGAGGUAAAAAAGCUGCUGAAAAAAGACCAUCGUUGGGAAUUGAUUUCCAUGCUUGAUCGAGAUGACCGGGAAAGAUUGUUUAACGAGCAUAUUGCUAACUUGGUUCGCAAGAAACGUGAUAAGUUUCGCGAGAUGUUGGACGAAAUUCCGUCUCUUGAGCUGACAUCGCAGUGGAAGGAAAUAAAGAAGAAUAUUCGUGACGAUCCACGAUACCUUAAAUACAACAGCAGUGAAAGGGGUGAACGUGAAUUUCGUGACUACAUCAAAGACAAAACGGCUAAUGCUAAACUGGCAUUCCGAGAACUGCUGCAGGAGUGUAAGUUCAUUACACACAAAAGUUUUGAGCUGUACCGCGAAAAUGCAAACCAUCUGCGCGAAGUGGAAGAUAUUUUGCGCAAUGAUCGUCGCUAUCUGAUUCUGCACCAUAUAGCCGGCGAACGUACACAAAUGGUAUUGGCUCAUCUGGAGGAACUGCAUAAGCGUGGGCCACCGCCACCGCCAACUGCUAGCGAAUCGUUACGACGUAAGUAA